AUGAAAUGUCUAGACUGGCUAUCUUUCACUCCAGUCCUUCCGAGACUCCUCUUGUCGGGCUUCACAUUCUCCCAAUUCUUUCUCGUUCAGUCUGUGCUGCGCUACCUUGAUUCAGACGACGACACGUCCGUUACAGCGAGCCACGGGUACGGACUCAUUGGAGCCUGUGUCUUGGUUUAUACAGGAAUCGCGAUUUCAAGCAGCUGGUAUUGGCGCGAGGUCUACCGGUCUGCGGCCAUGGUGCGCGGCGGCCUGGUCAUUGCGAUUUUCGAAAAGGUCCUUCGCCUUCGUGAAGACAGCAGUAUCGAAGCACAAGCCAAUACCCUAAUGGCUUCGGAUGUGCAAAGAGUAGUCUCUGGGACCAAAUACCUUCAUGAGAUUUGGGCCGGGCUCCUAGAGGCGGCUAUCGCAACCUACCUCUUACAGCAACUCAUGGGCCUGUCGUCUCUCGCCAUGCUCGGACUCGCUCUAGCCUGUGGAUCUCUCUCUACGCUCGUGGCGAAGAAGAUCGGAGCCCAUCAGCAAGGAUGGCUCCAGGCAAUGGAGAUACGAAUUGGUGCCACCAAGAACGUCUUGGACUCAAUCAAAGCAGUCAAAAUGUGUGGCGCAGAAAGCAGUUUGAGCGAUCUCAUUGUUCAGCUACGUAACGCUGAAAUCAAGGCAGCCAGGCCUUUUCGACUUCUCCUGACGGCCUCUGUUGUUUUGUUGAUUGACAAAUUAGCCUACGGAACCUUGAUCCUCUACCCUUUGCUCGUAUUUGCCGCCUAUAUCCGCCUGAGUGGAGGCGUAAACGAGCAUUUCAAUCCGGUCACCAUGUUCUCCUCCUUGGUUCUGAUAUCACUGCUGGGCAAUCCCUUAGUCCACCUGUUCCAGGCCUUGCCAGCCCUCGGCUCAGCACGAGGGUGCUUUGCAAGAAUCCAAGCAUUCCUGGGAAUUGGCGAAAGGUCAGGUAUUGAACAGUACGGCUCCUCGACAGUCACCGGUCCUGUAUCGGCAAAGGAGGGGGAGGCCAAUCGGGCUCCCAUAGAGCACGACGUCGUUAUUUCCCUUGAUAAUGCCAAAUUCGGCUGGUCACACGCGCAGUCCUUUCUCCAAGACCUCUCCCUGCAAGUCAAAAGAGCACAAUUUGUUGCUAUCACUGGGCGUGUCGGGUCUGGCAAGUCAUUCCUGCUCAAAUCGCUGGUUGGGGAGACGGAGAAACUGUCUGGUUCCAUUGUGGUGCCCCGUGGUGACAUUGGGUAUUGCAGCCAAGUCCCAUGGGUAGAGAACUUGUCUGCAGAGAAGGCAUGGUCAGAAUAUGAUACUCGAGGAUCUGAGUGGCUCAAACGGGCCCUGGCUCGGACGAUCAGCUUAGGGAAGCCCAUUGUCAUACUAGACGAUGUGCUCAGUUCUCUCGAUCGAUCAACCCGACAGAAAAUAUCGCAGAGACUGUUAGGUCGAAGUGGCCUGCUGAGGGAGACAGCGACGACGGUCAUCGUCACUACUCAUGAAAGGUCAAUAGCUGAGCUGGCCGACGUUGUGUAUAACAUCAGCGAUGAUGCAACAAGUCAGCAGAACACCAGACUCGGAGAUGAGCCGGUGCCCGAUGAGAUUCAACCAACGCAAUUGACGGUCAUGGAAGGCCCCUUUACUCUCCGCCUCACGUACAUGUACGCUAGCCAACAUGAUGCGAUCCGUUCCAGCUACCUCAUGUUCCGAAUCGUGCCCAGCUCGGCACAUGCACUUCACUCCGAUCUACUUCGUAUUUCUCUCGGGGCACCAUUCGCCAUCAUCAGCUGUAUCUACACGGGGAGUCUGCUCAACCGAUUCAACCAGGACCUGAUGUUGGUAGACACGUUCCUGCCACUCGAUUUUUUCAACACGUGUGCAGAACUGUUCACCGCCGUCUUCCAAAUGAUCUUGAUUGCCAUGGUCACCUAUCCGGCGCUGAGCGUGCUGCCUGUGCUCUUUGUCGUUCUUUACAUUGUGCAACGGAUCUACCUCAGAACGUCGAAACAGCUUCGCCUUCUUGACCUGGGGUGGAAAGCCUAUCUGCACACCAAGUUUGGCGAAACAGCAGGAGGGCUAUCGACAAUCCGAGCCAACGGAUGGGUCGACCCGGUGCGGCACAAAUUCAUGGAGAAGCUCGACCGAUCCCAGGAACCAUUCUACCUGCUUUUCAUUGCCCAGCAAUGGCUGCAGCUUGUCCUCAACCUGAUUGUGGCUGGCCUUGCCACUGUCGUCGCUGGGAUCGCUAUUUCGCUCACGGGCAAAAUCACGACCGGAGCCGUUGGUGUCGCUUUUGUCAACGCCGCCACCCUUGGCGAGACCUUGGCCAAUUUCAUCGUGUCCUGGACCUCGCUAGAGACAUCCCUUGGAGCCAUCGCGCGUAUCUGGACCUUUGAAAAGAACACCCCGCAGGAGAGCGCGCCGCCGCUACAGGGCCAAGUGUCUGAUAACUGGCCUAGCUCUGGUCGGCUCUCGUUCGACAAUGUCUGGGCUACUUAUGAUCAUAGCACACCUGAGCCGACUUGGACGCUCCAAGGAGUCAGCUUUUCUGUGCAGCCUGGGGAGCACGUUGCCCUUUGCGGCUCCACGGGCUCGGGAAAACCCUCAUUGCUCCUUUCACUUAGGGGCAUGAUUCCUGUGCCCGUGGGAAGCAUUACCGUUGAUGAUGCUGACAUUGCCGUGCUUCUUAUGCCGAGGCUGCGCAGUCGUUUUCAUGUGGUGUGUCAAGACACUUUUUCCGAGCCCAACAGCACGUUUCGCCAUCACCUAGAUCCUGAGGGCAUAUUUUCGGAUGCGGAGCUGGAGGAGAUGCUCAAGAAGUGUCGCCUAUGGAAGAAGUUGUGUGAAUGUGGAGGAUUGGACAGUGCACGGGCCGACAACACCUUCUCGUCGGGAGAAGCUCAACUCCUAGCCCUCGCUCGAAUUUUUCUCCACAUCAGCCGUGAUCCUAAAGGCGUCAUUCUUUUGGAUGAAGCAACAAGCAGGUCAGUUAGUUACAUUUCCCCUUUUGGCACAGAGACAGACUGGCACGACAAAAGCCUCGAAGCGGAUACUUCAGCGCACGUGGAGAAGCUCAUUGCUACUCUCCUUCGGGGGGUGACAGUAGUCUCAGUUCUACAUCGGCUGGAGGCUGCAGCAGAGUACGACAAGGCCGUGGUGCUCGAUCAUGGCAGAUUGGUUGGUUUUGGGAGGUAUAAGGACGUGGAGGAAAGCUGUGCUUUGUUCAAGUUGACCGCACAUGCAGGCUGA